CCGACGCUUUUGCUCCGCCCAAAACACAUCCACGUUCAGUGCUGUCCAUCCGACUUUUGGAGCCGAAUCUGUGGCUCAAAAGCGUGUAUAUAGGAGGGGGAUGUCUACGCGCUGAAACCUGUGGUUUUUAGGUACCCAAAUCACACGAGGUUACGAGAAUCGACGCGUCGAGCAUGGCGCUUCCAUAUAUCGAUACUCCGCGCACCGAAGCCGGAAACGCGACCUACCUGACGAACGGCUACCGCAGCAUUGGGAGGACGAAUCUAUCUGCGCUGGACUCGGUUGAGAAUUCGUUUCAAACGCCAUCCAAGGACGAAGAUAUAAUCAAGAUUUUGGAAGAUGGACGGCGGCGCACUUCAGGCGGCUUCAAGGUCACCACUCCGCGGGCGGGUUCGGGCCCCAAAUCGAACAGGAGCGCGUUGGCUGACCGGCGGCACCUUCCCACCAUCGCGCCCCCCAAAGGAGAGUUCACUCCUCUAAUGAAGAGCGCAACGAAAAACAGUUUCCUCAAGACCUUGUCAGCGGCGCGUGGUACCACCGGGACGUCGAAAACGCCGGCUCACCUGCGAGCCAGCUACCGAAGCAAUGUCAACACCCCUGGUUUACCGGCUAUGGAAAUGACGGACAUCUACGAAGAGGAUGGGUCGGACGAUGAUCCAACCCCACUCCCACAAGUUGCAAGCAGCAGCGCCCAGAGCACGCCGCUGCCUGGGCUGUUGGGAAGAAAUGGAAGGGGUAUGCUUGAUGAUGCCAACGUACUGAGUUUGAGGGAGCAGGAAAACGUAGGUUUCUUUCUUUGUUUCUGUUAUGCCAUUAUGAGGGGUUGAUGAAGUGUCUAACUUGGCUCAAUGGAAUCUAGAAAAUCGAUCAGCUCGAGAAAGACAAUUUCGGUUUGAAACUUAAGAUCCAUUAU